AUGAACAGUGAAAAUCCCAGAGAAAAAGAAAAAAAAAAAAUUCUGACAAGAACAAAAAUGGAGAUACAUUACACAAGUACAGGAAACAACAAAAGUGACUUAAGCGACGUGGAUGUGAUGAAGUUAGAUGAAAAUGAAAUGAAGAAACCAAGUCAUGCGCAAGAUGAUGCAGUGGAAGGCAAAAUGGAUAUAGCUAUAAAAGAAGAGGAAAAAAAAUCGAUAAAAAGGGUUGCUGAAGAAAAGGGAGAAGUUUCUUAUAGUCCCUCAUCUGCACCUCCUGUGAAGAGGAAAAAGAAGGAAAAUCAGAGGGGGGUACAAAAUAAUGUUCUUGGUGAAAGGGAAAAUAUGAAACCGAAUGAAGGAGAACCAAAAAGCUAUUGUAAGGAUAAGGGCGAUGAUAAAAAAAUAAUGAUCGAUAAAAAUAACCUUUUUCAGGAAAUAAAUUCAUUGAUAAGAAGAAAAUUAAAAAUUAAUGAUGUUAUAAAAAUUGAUUUAUUUUAUAAAGACAAUUGCACACAAAUAAAACCAUAUACUAUAUUUGAUGAUUAUAAAGAUGUAAAUAUAGAAAAUAAAAUUAACAUUGAAAUUGUAAAUUUUUUAAAAAGUAAUUUAAAUAAUAGCAGGAAUUUCCUCUCCAUAUAUAGUAGCGUGGUAGAACUACGAGGUUGUUUCAAUGAUGAGUUAAUUAAUUUACCAAUUAUCAAUCAAAUUAUUUUACAAAAAAUAAGCAGUAAUAAUUAUAAAUACAAAUUCAACAUUGACAAUGAGGUGCUUAACUACAUAUAUGUGGAUCUAUUUAAAAUACCUAAAAGCAAGUAUAAAUUCAAAAUUUUGGAAAAAAUGUAUGAAAUAGAGGAAUGGUAUUACUACGACACGAAGGAAGAAAGACAGAGAGGCAAGGUUAGUGGGGACAAAAACAUCCAAGUGUCAACAGAAUAUAGUGAACGAUUAGGCAACCCAGAAAACACGAAAUCUGUAGUUCAUGAACUAGAGGAAGAUAAAAAUAAUAAGCAGCCAUCAAAUGAAAACAUAAAUGAAGAUGGUGACAUGGAGGAAAAGAGCACAUCUAGCGAAUGUAAUGAAAGUGAUGCACUUAUUAAUUUGUAUAAUGAAAAAAAAAAGAAUGAGGAAAGGAAUUUACCCAAUCGAAAAAAGAAGAAAAAGAAGAAAAAAAAAAAAAAUGUUGAUAAGGACAAGUUAUACAUUGAUGAAUUAAAGAAAUUAGUGGAAGAGGACAGCGAAAAUGAAGCUAACAAUUCAUCAAAUGAUCAAAAUUCUACAGACACAAAUGAUACAUCUAAUAAUAAAAAUCAAAUUUUAUAUAGAAGGAAAAUAAUAUACUCUAAUGAUAAUAACAAUACUAUCAUAAGAGCGUUUAAGGAGAUUGAAAAUAACAACCUUUGUGUUUAUUAUCCUAAUAGUUCAUAUAAUCAAUGUUUGAAUAUGAGUUCAUAUGAACCUCUCCUGAGGGAAGAAGUUUCUACGGGUAUUAUUUUUGAUGAUUCUGCAUGUGCAGAUAGUUCUAAUCGUUCCAGUGCAAACUAUCGAAACUGCGACAUUUAUCAUCACAAAAAUAAGGAAAGAGGUGUAACCAAAGGUACACCAAUGGGGAAAAUAAAUGAGGAAUCAAAGGACAUAAAAGACACACAAAAUUUGAACGCUCUAAACGAUGAAAACAUUAAGAUAAAAAAAAGAUACGUGAAAGACAUUUCGAUAUAUAAUUUCUGUUGUGAUGAUAAAUACAAAGGAUGUAAUUUAUUUCUGCAUGUAGCAAAAAAUAAAAAAUUGAAAAACUUGAAGAUAGACUACAAUAUUGAUUAUUCAGAUUUUGCCAAUAAUUUGGAUAUCAUAAAAAUGUAUGAAAUUAAGACUGAGACAAUUUCGAAAAUCCCGUGUGACGAAAAUAAGAAAAAAAUUGUCGGGAAAUUAUUUGACCUUGAAAAGGACUGGAAGGUGAAUGUGAGCAUUCAUAUUGACAUUGAGAAAGUUAUGCGAGAAUUCAGAAAAAGGGUUAAUUCGGAAAAUUGCAUAGAAAAUGGCACCCAAAAUUGCAUCCAAAAUGGGAGCCAAAAUGAUCACCCAUCAGAGCACAAACAACUAUAUCGUGAAAAACGAACGAACAAGCUGGAUUAUAUCAUUUACAACUUUUACAAAAAUUUCGAGUGCUUAAUAAAUUUUAUAAAUAAACGAAAAAAUAGUUCAACCAAGUUUGAGUACUUCUACCCGAAAAUGAUAGGAGAUGUGAAUGAAGAGAUACGAAAACAUUAUGACAAGAAAAAAGUGAUUUUAUUAAAAAAAUCAAAUAUAAAAUAUAUCCGUAUUUUUAACAAUGAAGUAAAGAGAAUAAUGAUAUUAUUUUUUGUGCCUUAUAACUCCAAAGUGUUAGACCUUGCAUGUGGACAUGGGCAAGACAUGCUGAAAUACAAUACGGUGAAAAAUAAGGUGUAUGUUGGAUUGGACAUUUCAAAUAAAGAAAUCGAAUUAGCAAAGGAGCGGUUAAAUCAAAACGACAUGAAAGGUUUAUGCAAUAGCGAUAAUUUUAUAUUUUUGCAAGGAGACAUUUUAAAUAAUAAAUUUUUUAGAAAAUGGAAAAACAAAAAUAUUACAUUUGACACAAUUUCUAUCAAUUUAGCUAUGCAUUAUGUGGUGUAUAAUGAAAAAUCAUCUAAAAAAUUUUUUAAAAUUCUCGGAAAUUUUUUGGAGAAUGAGGGAUUAUUGCUAGCAACCACCAUUUCGACUGUCACAUUGACAGAUUUUUUGAUGAAACGAGCGAUCACGCAGAUGGCUAACGAUUCUAUUUCGCUGACACUGGAAAACGAUCUUUUCACAAUUCGAUUCGACCAAGAAAACUUGCUGAAAAUUUUCAAAAAUAAAAUGUGCCUAGAGGAAUUCCUAGAAUUUGUUAACAGCAGUGAUUCAAUGCCUCCAAAGAAGUACAACUACUUUUACAAUUUAAUAAAGAACGCUCUAGAAAAUACGUUAGGUAUAAAAUAUUAUUUCUAUCUAUAUGACACAAUUGACGCUAACGAAUUUGUUAUUCCACAAAAAUAUUUAAGAGAAAAAUUGAAAGAAUUAAAUAUGAUUGAACUCUUUAACAACACUGCCAUAGGAUUUCUUCACUACAUAACGAACAAUUUGGAAACAUAUGAAAAAUAUGAAAAUAUAAAAUAUUUUAAUUUAAUUAAUAAGACAAUAAAUAAUCAAAUUUUUGAGGACAUUAAAUUCAGGAUUAAUAAAAUUCAAGGCAUUAACCGAAAUUCACAAAUUUAUUAUGAUAUUUGUUCCUUGUAUCACGUGUAUGUGUAUAAAAAGAAUUUUGAUGCAUCCAUAUUGGGUAUAUAA